CGGGGCCAAUCGUUCAACCCCCAGUGGCAAGUAAGAAAGUAUUUCUCCAUUGUGGUCCUAUAUAGAACGGAUACAUUGUUUUUGUGUUUUACAUAUUUCCACUUGUACGGCUUCACUAUGUCCUACGAUGAGGUAGGCGGGCCAGGGAAUGAUGAAGACGGCGAGGAGGUUGGAUGGUUUUGACUGUCAGGGACUGUGUUGACGCGUUCGGCGCCAUCCAGAUCUCUUGACUCUUUUUUCGAAUGCCCACUCACAAUCCCCUACUAUCCGCCGAUUGGACGUUAACAUGCUUCUCAAUGACAAGGAAACCCCUCUAGCCACUCCCAUUACCACUGUACCAACCCAGAAACGCCCUAGAUUCGAUCCUGUUCAUCACCCCGACGAACCCUCUAGUCCGCUCUUCGAAACUACUCCCCGUCCUUCCUCUUCUUCUUCGAACGCCUCAGGUUACUUCCCAAACGCGCUCCGCCUCGAUGCAUCGCCAGCAUUAACCGACCAGGCGUUGCCAAAACCCCUUGGCGAAGCAAUUUUCAGAACGCCGCUCGGUCGCUCCUACUACGUUAUCCCCUCUUACAUCACCCAGCAUCCUCCCGCGUGCUUCUCCCACGAUUUCCACGAUCAUGGCCCCUCCUCCUCCCCCUCCCCCUGCACCCUACAACCCGCGCAAACGAAUAACACCAGCCUCUUCUCUUCUUGUCCCUAUCCUCCCAGAAGAAGCUCAGCGUUUGAAACGGACAAGUAGGAAUCCCUUACGUUAUCCGCCUGCCGCUGCUGCGGGUAAAGGCGUGUUAUCGUUCCAGCCGACUAACAAUGCCGAUGCAAUGGAAGAGCAUGGGUCACAAAGCAGCGUAGCAUUAACUUCGGGUUCCUGGUCCCCAUCUCGAGUCCCCGACGCCAAUCA